GCAGUUUUGUAAAUCAUGCACAAAAAAAACAUCUGGCAACCCGGAUGCGUCACUGGGGGGGCGAAACGAAGGAGACUGUCGAGUCUGUCUGUCGUAAAGUGGGAUGUUUUGGAGUGGGGAGGUCAUUGGAAAGUGAGGUUGCUCGCGUUGCAGGUGCGCCCAUCUGGCAGGUUUACCCGGCCCAGUGUCCUCCCAGGUCCUGCUGCUGCUGCUAGUCAACGAUCCGGACCGGUGUCAUGCCAUCAUCUCAGACGAUACCAGUCCAACGGUCCGGCCAGGAUCCAGAGCUUGUGUCACGGUCGGCGAGAGUACAACAUCAUCCUCAGUAACGGAUCAUGGGGCUUGCGAAGCCGAAUGGCUAGUUUCAGUCAAAGCAUGCGAAUGUACAGUCUGCCUCCACAUCAGAAGGUGGAACUACCCGCUUUGUCCCCCACUAUGCAGACGGGCACUAUUGCACGCUGGGAGAAGAAGGAAGGUGACAAAAUCAAUGAGGGAGAUUUGAUUGCUGAGAUUGAAACAGACAAGGCUACGGUUGGAUUUGAAAUGAUGGAUGAGUGCUACCUUGCCAAGAUCUUAGUCCCUGGGGGUACAAGAGAUGUGCCUGUUGGAGAUGUCAUUUGUAUUACUGUCGACAAUCCUGACCUCAUCCCUGCAUUUAAGGACUUAACAUUGGAUAAACUCUCAAGCUCCGCCCCUCCUGCAGCUGCUUCCCCUGCCCCUCCCCCUCCAGCAUCGCCUGCGGCUGCUCCUGCACCGCUCCAGGUUCCUGGAAGCUCUUACCCACCUCACAUGAAGAUUCCUCUCCCAGCUCUCUCCCCCACCAUGAAUAUGGGCACCGUGCAUCGCUGGGAGAAGAAGGUGGGUGAGAAGCUGAUUGAGGGAGACCUGCUGGUUGAAAUUGAGACAGAUAAGGCAACAGUCGGUGUUGAGGUAAUGGAAGAGGGUUACCUGGCCAAGAUAUUGAUUGCUGAGGGCACCAAGGAUAUUCCCCUCGGCACUCCCCUCUGCAUCAUUGUGCAAAAGGAAUCCGACAUUAGCGCGUUUGCUGACUAUUCAGAGACAGGGGUUGAUGCAACACCGGUGGCUGCCCCACCUCCAGCUCCAGCAGCUCCCAGCCCAACACCUCCCACUGCUCCAGCCAACUCUGCUGCUCCUGAGAAGGGUAGAGUGUUUGCCAGUCCUCUAGCCAAGAAACUGGCUGCUGAGAAGGGAAUUGACAUCGCCCAAGUCACAGGAACUGGACCAGAUGGUAGAGUCACCUGGAAAGAUAUCAACAGUUUUGUUCCACUUAAGCCUACUCCUGCACCAGCUGCUGCCCCCAAACCCAGUCCUCCAGCUGCCCCAGCUGUUGCUUCUGUACCUACAGAAACCUUCACCGACAUACCCAUUAGCAACAUCCGCAGAGUGAUCGCCCAGAGGUUGACGCAGUCCAAACAAACUAUUCCUCACUAUUAUUUGUCUAUCGAUGUCAACAUGGACCAAGUUCUUGAACUCCGGAAAGAACUUAAUUCCGAGCUGAAAGCUGAUAACAUCAAACUCUCGGUCAAUGACUUUAUAAUCAAGGCCUCAUCUCUGGCCUGUUUAAAGGUGCCAGAGGCCAACUCCUACUGGAUGGAUACAGUCAUCAGACAAAAUCAUGUGGUGGAUAUCAAUGUUGCAGUCAGUACGCCUAUGGGUCUAAUCACUCCCAUUGUAUUUAAUGCUCAUAUUAAGGGACUUGCGACUAUCAGCAAAGACGUAGCUAUAUUAGCUGCUAAAGCACGAGAGGGUAAACUACUACUGCAUGAAUUCCAGGGUGGCACCUUCACUAUUUCCAAUCUGGGCAUGAAUGGCAUCAAGCAUUUUUCAGCUGUCAUUAACCCUCCUCAAGCCUGCAUUCUGGCUGUGGGUGGCUCAGAAAACAGACUGCUGCCUGCGGACAACGACAAAGGGUUUGAUGUGGCUAGCAUGAUGUCAGUGACCCUGAGCUGUGAUCACCGGGUGGUAGACGGUUCUGUCGGUGCACAGUGGCUGGCCGAGUUUCGCAAGUUCCUGGAGAAACCGUACAACAUGCUCCUGUGAGCAGGCAGUUUAAGGGCCCUGCCCCCCAUUAAAAAAAAUUGUGGACUCUAAAAUUUGAAGAGACCUCUCAUUAGUUAUAUUCUCUCCCUGGGAAUUAUAACAGGUUUUUUUCUCUCCUCUCACAUACUCCCUUUCAUAUAUUGUAAUUUUACAACAUUGCUUCCUAAAUCCUGAAGUAACCUCUCAACCCAAAGUCAUAGUUAAGGUAAUUAUCUGGAGUAUCAGAAGAUACUGCUGGACAAGGGUUUUCAUUUUCCUUAUAUUGUUACAAGCACUGUAUGUCCGUGUUUGCCAUUAGAUCAAAGAACACUGUCUGUGUCUCAUGGGUCUAUACCUGCAAGCUCUGAAUUGUUUCCAUGUAUCAAUGACACAUUCAUUGGCACAAUGCGAGUGUCCUUUCUAUAUAAGAAAAAAACAUGAUGAGAUCUGGACAUGUGUGUGUGUUCCAAAUAAUGUCCGACUGCAAUUGGAAUUUUUUUAUGACACAUUAUUUUGUGCAUAUUUUUAUUUUCUGUAUUAUUGCACAGUAAACAUAUAUUUGGACUGUUACUCUCCGAGUUAAAUAUCUGACGUAUUUAGGGGCCAAGCCCAGAGGGCUGUAGCCCCUAUUGUAUCUGUAUGUUUUAUUAGGGGCCAAGCCCAGAGGGCUGUAGCCCCUAUUGUAUCUGUAUGUUUUAUUAUUAUUAUUAUUAUUCUUCUUCUUCUUCUUCUUCUUCUCGUCUAAUGGGAGUCUAUGGUAGCCCUAUGAAGGGAACAUGGGAAAAUGAUAAAAUUUGGCACACUUGUAGAACUGGUCAUUAUAAGUGACCUGACCAACUUUGGGGUCUCUAGGCCAAACUCUAUAGCGCCACCACCAGCUCAAAAUUUCAACAUUCAAACGUUAAUAACUCUUGAACCACUAAUUCUAUGAAAAUAAAACUUAGUACAUCUG